AUGUCGCAGGCUAAGCGGCAGGAUAACGACCACACCUUCAGCUCCCUGCAUACCAGUUUCGCGGAACCCCCUACAGCACUACGAUCGAGCGCGCAGGCCCUCCAUUCUGGAUCGGCUGUCAGGGUUUCUCCCCGCAAGCAAAGACCCUCCCCCCUGCAUACGAACGCACGAGCUUUGUCACCCCAGCGGACCGAUUCGAGUUUAUCACAGAGGACAGCAUCCCCAAGUUCAUCUGCGACUACAUCACCGCUCGAAAACCUGACCACCAUUAGUGAAAUAGCCCAUGCCGCAUUUCCAGCCCCUCCAUCAAGAAUUAGUUCAAUCCCUUUGAGCGCAUCGCACACAUUACGACAGCGGACACCGAGAGGUAUCAAUCAGGAUGAUACAAAAAUGACUGAAAAGGCGAGCGAUAUCAUCAAGGCCCGGAAGGACUCUGAUGUAGCCGAAUCUAGCAAGUCAGAAUCACCUUCCAGGGUGUCAUCUAUCGGCUCUCUACAGUCAAAUAACAGAGAAAAGACAAACCAUCGUGCUAUGCCACGCACCUCAUCUAUCGACUCUGCAAUAUCCUCCCUUUCCUCAGCCUCGCAAUCACACAAGUCUUCGUUCGAUGUCAGUGCGGUCAGCCAGGCGGAUAUUGACAACUUAAUAAAUGCGGCUGGGUCGCCAGAUGCUGUUAUAAUACAUCUUUUGAAGGAGAAGCACCAUGCGGCUUCGCAGAACGCCCAAUUAUGGAAACUCGUUGAUAAGCAGCGAACUUUGAUCAUGGGUCUGAACAAAGACUUAGAACGUGCUUUGAAAGAUAAAGAACGAUACAAGAAGAAAGUCAAAGAGCUCCAAACUGCAGCGCCUCCACUCCCUUCUACAGAAGUUCAUUCUCGACAGUCUUCAACUCCAGGGACAAAAGAUGCUUCGAGCGGCGGGUUAUCAGCGCAGGCCACCAGUAGCAGCAAGACUGCCGGGCAACCGCAACGCACCGACACCCUCGACAGCCAGGACUCUACCAACAUCACCCCUAGUUUGAAACAGCUUAUCGAAACCGAGUUACUAACUGAAGAACCUGAUUUGCGAUUUGACUCGCAAAGUUCCCAACGGCUGACCUCGGCCCAGGAGGCAUCAGCUGCCACAAGCCCGACGCCUUUAGCCAGCCCGAGUUCUGCAUUGGGCGCCAGCAAAAGCCAGAAAUUCCCAAAUCCGGCCCGAAAGCCUCCUCCUGCACCGUUGAAUUUAGGGCACCCGGACCGCACGACGACACUGCGCGAAGCGUCUGAUUCCGAGUCCGAAUAUGAAGAUAUUCUUACGGUCGAAGAGUCCCCGAUAGAACGUGGGAGGAGAAAGACAAGGGCCGAUGAUGACAAGCAGCGCGAAGUAGCCCUAUCUCGCGAGGUAGUGAAUAUUGAAACAUCAGAGCAGAGCCAACCUCUUUCCCCAAAGACGGGAAACCCAAUGACUGCGGGCCACUUGUCAUCAGACGUACGCCGCGUAGUCCCCUUGGGAGCAAUGACGGCCUCUAUGGGCGCUAGUGUGGCUCUGCCUUCAAUAGGUGAUCGUCAUAUCAUGAACGGCCCAAAGAGUCCUGGUUUACCUCUAAGCCCGAGACCUGAAGACCGUCCUCUUGGUUCUCCUGUGCCACGAAUGCCACGGGAAAUGCAGACUCCCUUUUCUUCCUUAGCCAUGUCUUCGAGCAACAAUCCAACUGGGCUUAUUUUGUCCCCCCGUCUUGGGAAGGACCAGACCGCCGCGUCCCAUGUCGUAUCGAACACCCCUACGCACCCUCAAUUCCAUCUUGAUCCGUUCAAUCGUCCCGUACCCUCAAUCGAUGCGGCUGUGAAAAUCGAUAGCCCCCGAUCCCCAGGGUCAAUGCCCAGCGGGAUUUAUCAAGGUUUGAGAUCUGACGAUUAUCCGAAUCUUCUACUACCUCCAAAUGCGCUUCCCCUCGUCCAGAUCAAGGUUUCGUCGUCUAGAUUGCGGCCUUCCAGAAAUAGCUACAUGGUCUCUCGGCCAUUAGACGAGGAACCGGUUUUUACAUUGAGCGUCUACUCACGGUCAGAGAAUUUCGAGCUUUGGCGAGUUGAAAAGGUUAUCGCUGCGCUACCUCAACUCGAUAACCAGUUAAGACAACUUUCUCAUCUUCAAGCGAGGCUACCUGAUCGGUCUAUAUUUAGUGGACAUUCUCCUGCUAAGGUGGACGCAAGGCGUGCCGCCCUAAACUCAUAUUUUGAUGACCUCCUCGAGAACCCGCUGGAUGAGAGAGCAGCAUUGGUCCUUUGUCAGUUCCUUACUUCGGACGCAAUCGAGCCUCGAGAUGACGAGACGAGCUUGCUCAAAGGUAAUCACCAGCCGGGGUCCGAAAUUGCGCGUGGUCCGGAUGGAAAGCCUAGAAAGGAAGGAUAUUUAACAAAGAGGGGUAAAAAUUUUGGUGGCUGGAAAGCGCGCUACUUCGUUUUACAUGGUCCCGAACUCAAGUAUUUCGAAGCCCCAGGAGGCGCUCAUCUUGGAACCAUUAAGAUCGCCAACGCACAGAUCGGGAAACAGUCGCAACAGGCGCAAGGUCCUUCGCGAGCCGACGACGAUGAUUCUGAUAAUCAAUACCGUCAUGCCUUCCUUAUUUUGGAGCCCAAAAAGAAAGACUCUUCCGCCCUCGUGCGCCAUGUCUUGUGCGCUGAAAGCGAUGAUGAGAGAGAUACGUGGGUUGAAGCGCUCUUGGAAUAUGUUGAAGGAGCUCCAGCAAAUGAUAGCGCUCAAGCCCAGACGGCUCCUAAUAAUGCAACGAACACCUCUUCAAAAAACAAGUUGUUCUCCAACGGUAGCAAAAAAGGCAAAGGGACGGACAGCCCAGAUAUUGAGCCAUCUGACACCGUCCAGGGCUUCAGUUUUGAAGAUGCUGUUCCCGCCGAACCGCCUGUUAUUGGCUCUUCUGAUCCGCGGACACCAAGAUCGCCAAUGUUCCCAACGGUCCCUUUCCAAGAACCAAGCGACAACAACCAGCCCGACCAUGGCCAGCUCUCAUCAAAAGUGAUAUCUGCACCCACUAAUGGCGCAGUGAUACAAGACGCUGGCGCUUGGGGAAAUAAGACCUCAAGCACUAAAGAGAAGAAGCGCAGUAUCUGGGGAUUUCGUACAAGGUCAUCCAUCGAUCUUGCUUCCCAUCUUCAAGCUGUCUCCGAGGGUCCUCCUAUCCAGCUUCAUGGUACAGGCAAUGAGAAAAGGGAAUUGAUAAAACCAGUAUUUGGGAUGCCGCUGGUAGAAGCAGUGCGAGAUUGCGCGCCGUUUGACGUUGAUGUCGAAUUACCUGCUGUGGUUUAUCGCUGCCUCGAAUAUCUCAGAGCCAAGAAGGCGGAAUUGGAAGAAGGCAUAUUUCGUUUGAGUGGAUCGAACGUCGUUGUGAAGGCGCUGAGGGAACGAUUCAAUACUGAAGGAGAUGUCGAUUUCCUCGCCGGAGAACAAUAUUAUGACGUACAUGCUGUGGCCUCACUUUUCAAACAAUACCUUCGGGAGCUACCAUCGACCGUACUCACGCGCGAACUACAUAUAGAAUUCUUGCGUGUCCUUGAUAUCAACGAGAAGCAGAAGAAAGUUGUCGCCUUCAACUCAUUGGUUCGCAGACUCCCGAAGCCAAAUCUGGCCUUGCUGCGAGCAUUGGUUCAAUUUUUGAUUGUCAUUGUCAACAAUUCCGACGUUAACAAAAUGACUGUCAGGAAUGUGGGCAUUGUCUUUGCUCCUACUCUUAAUAUACCAGCUCCCGUUUUCUCGUUGUUCCUUACUGAAUACGAUGAAAUUUUCAAUGAUGCGCAAGAACCUGCCGUGAACACAGUGGAUCUGGUUGUUGAUAAUCCGUUGACACCAGAAGACAUUCGGUCUCCUCGGCGUCAAAUGUUCUCUGAUAUACCUACGCCCGCACACAAUCAGAUGACAUUCCCCCGGCCAGGAGACGGUCCAGAUGAAUACAGUUCGCGUCAUGACACUGGCUUCAUUCCCAUGCAGCCGAGUUAUGAAACUCUUGCUGCAGAUAGGGCGGAGACCUACAGCCAACCGCCAGCGGCUGUGAGCAGGACGUUGGCUCCAGAAUCUGACAGCAACCGCAAUGCCAAGGCCAAGCGAAGGGAAAGCAACAUCCUUUUCAUGGAUUUCAACAACGAUGAUCCGCCUCAGCUGUCUCAUGACAAUUUUGGUAAGUACUUAGUUUGUUCACAUUAUCCUUCUUUUCCUCCAUUCUUCCAGCCCAAGUGUGCAUACUGA